AUUGGCUUGUAUAUCUAACAGAGCAUGUUGAUUUGCAGGCUAUAUUUCCUCGGAUAUUUGGCCAUGAAGCAUCAGGGAUUGUUGAGAGUGUGGGCAAGGGAGUGACUGAAUUUGUGGAGGGGGACCAUGUGCUUACAGUAUUCACUGGAGAAUGCAAGACAUGCAUUCACUGCACAUCAGGUAAAAGUAACAUGUGCCAAGUUCUGGGUUUGGAAAGAAAAGGUGUAAUGCACAGCGAUCAGAGGACACGCUUCUCGGUUAAAGGGGAACCUGUUUAUCAUUAUUGUGCAGUUUCAAGUUUCAGUGAAUAUACAGUUGUGCACUCUGGAUGUGCUGUCAAAGUCAGUCCACAUGCACCUCUGGAGAAAAUAUGCCUACUCAGUUGUGGAGUAGCUGCAGGUCUUGGUGCAGCUUGGAAUGUUGCUGAUAUAUCUAAAGGAUCAACUGUGGUGAUAUUUGGUCUUGGAACUGUAGGCCUUGCUGUUGCACAAGGUGCCAAACUUAGGGGAGCAUCUCAAAUAAUUGGCGUUGAGACUAAUCCUGAAAAGUACGAAAAAGCAAAGGCUUUUGGAGUAACAGAAUUUUUGAACCCCAAGGAUUGUAAAGAACCAAUUCAGCAGGUUAUUAAGCGCAUAUCUGGUGGAGGGACAGAUUACUCCUUUGAAUGCAUAGGUGAUACUGGAACAGUAGCUACUGCAUUGCAAUCGUGCUGUGAUGGUUGGGGUUUGACAGUUACUCUUGGUGUACCAAAAAUGAAGCCUGAAAUAGCAGCUCACUAUUCAGCAUUCCUUUCGGGAAAAACAUUGAAAGGAUCUCUAUUUGGAGGAUGGAAACCUAAAUCUGAUCUUCCAUCAUUAGUAGAGAAGUACAUGAACAAGGAAAUCCAGAUAGAUGAGUUCAUCACACAUGAUCUGCCAUUUGAGGAUAUCAACAAAGCUUUCAGUCUCAUGAGAGAAGGAAAGUGUCUGAGAUGUGUU